CAGCCAUUGUCAUCACACCUGUCUCCACGUGAUGGCUUCCUGCCACUUUCCUGCUAUUUUUACAGGAAGACUCUGGCUACGUGCAAGAGGAAAACACACUAACAAAUAAACAAAUGAAAUACGAAUGCAUCUUAAAACCGAACAGGUUAUUAUUAUGGUAACAUUACCCGAAGCAGGAGAGAAAAUAGUUCUGGGUUAUUUAAUGCAUUGGGAGUCUUAACUUCAUUGUUCAGAUUUCCUGCCAAGCACAAAGGAAACAUCAUAGUUGACUUUAUACUGGAUGCAUAUUCGUCACAUACACGUGGAUUUUGGAUGGCUCUAAAACUAUUUAUUUCAAACCAAACCGACUGAACACCAGGGACUCUACAGGUUUACACCUGUACCGUGGCUGCUUGCUAACUACAAACGCAUGUGAGGUCCAAAGACUACAUGGAAAGGAAAAAAAAACAGGACUUGGAGAGGAACACCGUACGACUGAGGGAGGGACUAAAAGUGUGCAUAAUAUUCCUUUCCUCUGUGGGACUCGCAGCGAGCAGGUACAGCAUCUCCGCAGUCCAACGCACAGCUGUUACGCUCAGCUGCCCACCGCGUCCAGCUUUACAGGAAACUUCUCACAUCGCAGGCUCUGCUUCUCCUGUCUGCAAUGUCCGUGAUGAGUUACUACAUGGAUCCAGUUUCUUCCUACCCAGCCCUUCGCCCCUGUGACCGUGUGGGCGCAAUGAGGCAGAGUGGAGGGGUGGUAGUGGGCCCUCAGACCCAGCUCCCAGGUGUGGUUCACCCUCAGCAGCAGUACUACCCAUCACAGCCCCUGUACCCCCAGGAUAUACCCCUGCAGGAGGUUCCCAACGGACAUGACGUGUGCCCUACAGAUCUGGAGUGUGGAGAUGUCCCCCUGCUAACUCCAGGAAGUAAAGAGAUGAUGUCCCAGGCUCUGAAGGCCACCUUCAGUGGCUUCACAAAGGAACAGCAGCGGCUGGGUAUUCCCAAAGAUCCCAGACAGUGGACAGAAAAUCAUGUGGCUGAAUGGCUAACGUGGACAGUGAAUGAGUUCAGUCUGAAGAAUGUUGACUUUGAUAAAUUCUGCAUGAAUGGAGCCAACCUGUGUGCGAUGGGGAAGGAGCGAUUCUUAGACUUAGCACCUGACUUUGUGGGUGACAUCCUUUGGGAACAUUUAGAAAUGCUUCAGAAAGAGGAUACAAAGCAUUACCCCAUCAACGGACUGACCUCCAAUUUCCAGGAGUCCCGUUAUACCUCAGACUACUUUGUCAGCUACGGAGUUGAGCAUGCUCAGUGUGUCCCUCCUUCUGAAUACUCAGAACCUGGCUUCAUUACAGAGUCAUUCCAGACACUUCAUCCCAUCAGCUCAGAGGAACUGCUGACGCUCAAAUACGAGAGUGAAUACCCUGCAGUCAUCUUACGGGACACACCCCUCAACCCACUGCAGGGGGACUACUUUUCUGUCAAGCAAGAGGUCGUGUCACCUGACAACAUGUGUGUGGGACGCCUCAGUAGAGGUAAACUUGGUGGCCAGGACUCCUUUGAGAGCAUUGAGAGCUUUGAGAGCUGUGACCGACUGACCCAGUCAUGGAGCAGCCAGUCUUCAUUCAGCAGCCUGCAGAGGGUACCUUCAUAUGACAGCUUUGACUCCGAAGACUACCCCUCUGCCUUGCACGGCCAGAAGCCCAAGGGCACCUUCAAGGACUAUGUGAGGGAGCGCUCAGACCUCAGCAAGGAUAAGCCCGUCAUCCCAGCUGCGGCUCUGGCAGGAUACACAGGUAGUGGCCCCAUCCAGCUGUGGCAGUUUCUUCUGGAGCUGCUCACCGAUAAGUCUUGUCAGUCCUUCAUCAGCUGGACAGGCGACGGCUGGGAGUUCAAGCUUUCUGACCCAGAUGAGGUUGCUCGGAGGUGGGGCAAAAGGAAAAACAAGCCCAAGAUGAACUAUGAGAAGCUGAGCCGUGGCUUACGCUAUUACUAUGACAAGAAUAUCAUCCACAAGACAUCUGGGAAACGCUAUGUCUACCGCUUUGUCUGUGACUUAAAAAGCCUGCUGGGAUACACGCCUGAGGAGCUGCAUGCAAUGUUGGACGUAAAGCCAGAUACGGACGAGUGAAAGCAGGGAUGAAAAAGAAGGUGUAGACAUAAGUUAACGAGCCACACAGACUGGGGCUCAAAAAGUGGUCUUAUCUGUUUGAUAGAGUCUGCAAACCGUUUUUUUUGGGGGGACCAGAAUAUUUUUAACGACCAAAUGUCAACUUCAACCUCUUGUCUCUCAGACCAUGUUUUCAAAACAAAGGCACAAGCCAAAAGCCUGUAUUUGUAUCCUAUUACAUUUCAGAUAUGUGUGUGUGUAUGUGUGUUUGAGGGCGUGUAUAUGUGAUAUGUACCGGUAUUAUAUAGCAGCUCCAGUCAGAUGGAGUGCUAUCAGGUAGAUUUCAGGUUCCAUUCUGCCUAAGUAGCACAGUGAGGAGACAAGAGAAAUAGUGAGAGAACAAGAAAACGGUUGCCAAAAUGUAAAAAAGUGAAGAAGGUAUAAUGUCAUAUUUACAGUACAUACAUUUUCACUGUCUCAGUUAGCUGUUUGGCAAGGAUUGAGUUUUCAGCUUGGACCAAAAAAGUGUUGUUUUUAAUUUGUUGUUUAAGCAGCUUAUGCCAAUAUUGUAUUAUUGACAUUGAGAACACCCAGUGUAAACCUAUCAGGUAUAUUUUGGAAAGACUAUUUUUCUUAGAUUUUCAGUGAAGGUUUUACAGUGGAACCAAACCUUAGAUGCAGUUAGAAGUUUAACGAUUCUGUUCUCUAGCAGCCUUUACCUAAAACAUGCUGAUUGGUUAUCAGACAACACUAUAGACACUGGCCCUGUGCCUUGUGGGAUGUGAGGGCCUGAUGGGAUUACUCAUACCAAGAGUGUCUGAUAGACAACUGAAAGCAGCCGUUGCUUUUGAAACUGCCGCUUUCACCUUUACUUAUGUAUUUGUCACCUUGAAAGAGACACAUAUUGUGACUGAAACUUAUGCGUUUUUGCAUAUACCAGUAUUAGCAAACUGUAGACAAUCCACGUGGGGAAAUUCAGGUGUCUUUGGCAAGAAGAGUUGUUCAAUGUGCAGAUUAGAUGCAUAGAAUGUCAGUUCACUGUUCAUAUUAGUGUUACUUUAGGAGUGUUUGAAUAGUCUUCUUUCUGUCUGUACAAUGUUACACGUUACGUAAUCGAUUGAUUUUACCAAGAGAACGAAGGUCAGAUUGUUAUUUGUUUUGUUAUGCAGUACAUUUUAGCAACAAGGCACUGGCUGCAGCAUAGUUAGAAGGUACAAUGUAAGAAAAAGGAACAGGCAAUAGAAAAAAAGUUGGUUAGAGAGAAUUAGAAGCUGUAUGGGGCUGAAAGGAAUCUGUAGAUCUUGCAGGUAAGGAAUAAGAUAGAGAAUGGUUCUCAAAAAUGAAAAAGGUUGGCACUGCUGUGAGGUUUGUAUUACAUGGGUUGUGUACUUUGUCACUGCCAUCGAGGUUGGAUGCAGCUUUCAGCUACAAGUUCAGUGCGAAUAAGCACAUAUAGGACAAGUGGCAGAUAUUUGCAUUUAAUUUGUAAGUUUGCAUGUACCUAUCUAUGAGCUAAUGAAUGCUCAUUACAUAGAGAGUGACUCGUGUAUGAUUCCACCCAUAUGUUUGCAGUUUGCUCAGACUACAUGCAUAGAGAUUAAUUUGUUACAGCUGAGCAAAUUGGCACCAAAUUCCUCUCAACAGUGGGAACUGUGGCUGUACAUUGGCCUUAUGGGAAAUGCCAAAGUAAAAUAUCAUCUUAGAAUACAGUGCUAUUGUUUACAGUGGCUGAAUGUUGCCCAUAUGGAUGAAAAUAACUUUUGUGAUGUCUGUUUGUACAGAUUGUGUUUCAUAAUGCUUUAUUGAGAUCCAGAUUACCCAAAUAAGCGGGAGACAAAGGAGAAAUAAUAACCAAAACCCAUGUGAGGUCUUUGGCCGCAGUGCUUUGGGUAUCAUCCACGAUAAUGGAAGACAGGGACCAGAAAGCUCUCACAUUUUUGUCAAGUGCUGACUUUUCUUUUAUCUCUUUUAAUAAGUUGAAAAGCACACAGCUUUAGGACAAAGAGAAACUUCUUCACUGGUUUCCCACUGAGUGCAGAAAAGAGAUGCUGUAUUUGUUCAUGAUGUUUAAUUGGUUAUUCGACACAACUUACUCACAAACCCUCACCCAAUUUCACACACAGAAAGUUAAGCAAAGUAUUAAGCUGUACUGUACUUUCAUUCUUUACUGCACAUUGGCAUUGAGGUCUCAAAACACUGUUUUUUGUUUUGUGUUUUUCUGAUAUCUUGUUUUAUGUUAAAGAUCUUCACAGAUUUUUAAACAUAUUUGUAAUGGUUGCCAAUGUUCUGAAAGGUUUUCUUUUAUUCCCGACACAAGGUCAUGAUGUUAGUAUGGUUGAUGUCAUAAGAUCAGUGUGCUAGAAGAAAACAUAAAUGUUAAUAUUUUGAAAAUUAUUUUGUCAGGAAAGUAAACUGUUGUUAACCGUCAGAGAUUACCACAGUCCUUAUGUAUUAAUGAGCCUUAGUCAGGCGUAUGUAUACACACCAAUAGCUUGUGGCAUACAGUAUGCAUAUCUCAGAAUGAAUUCAGAAGGAAAAACUGCUUAGUUUUGAAUAUUGUUUGUUUGGUUUUCUUUUUUGUAUAUUUUAUAGUGUCUCUGUAUUUUUGUUAUGAGAUAAUUUUUAUUGUAUUUAGGUCACAAACAGUUGAAUAUUUUUCAAUAAUUUAUAUUUUAUAAAAGACAAGAGUUGCAGACAGCUGGUGCUUUCAUGAGAAUUUAAAGGUAGCACAGGAUAAAAUAAUGUAGCGUUUUUUCUGUUUUUUGUUUAUUUUUUUGUUUGUUUUUUUUAUUCUUUUUUAUAAAGUAAAU